CACCCUGGGAGAUGGGGGCCUAGUUUUUCAAGUUUCCUGAUCAUCCGCCUAGCCUCGAUUUGGCCGGACAGUGGAAAACAUUUGGGAUUUCCAGAACAAAAGCAACACGGGCAGAGGGCCGGAGCAGGGAAACACCAAAGAAACGCGUCAUUUUUGUUACAGUGAACAGGGAGGAAAAAAGAAAAGGAGGACAAGAAAGAUCAUAAAGCAUAAAGAGAAAGUGGGGGACGGAGAAAAGGAGCCCGGAGCGAGCGGCGGCGGCGGAUCGACGGGUAUUGUGCCUACUGUUGGAGGGUGAAGGCAGAUUAUUUCUGCCAACCAAGACAAAAAAAAACCUGAUUCAUUUUUCUCGGAGGGUCACUGGAGAUCGGAAGUUCAGAGGUUAUUAGGACAACUUCUGGAAAAGGUCUGAAGUGGAGCUGGGGAUGACGACACUGAUGGCGGAGAAUGACCGUGACUCAACAGACGUGGCGAGCGAGAAGCAGUCUUUCAGGGGUGGGGCUAUGAGAGAACUGGAGGAAAAUAAGGGAUCCCAUCAGACCAAGAAUGGGAAAUCUGACCAUACUGCAAUCGACAGUGACAGCAGUGAAGGGGGUGGGGCCAUUGUCAGCUUCAGCACCAAUCACAACUCUGUGGUGUGCCUACCCUUGGUGUCAGAGGGGCUCAAGCUUGUCUGGACCCAGUCAGACCAGACUAGAGAGCUGGAUGGCAUCCCAGAACUGGUGCAGGCUUUCAAUGUAUUCCCAUACCCCACAUCACAAGAAGUUGCUUUUCUUGCACGGUGCUGCUCAUUACCCCUGGACAAAGUAAAGGUGUGGUUCAUGGUGCAGCGCAUCAAGUAUGGCAUCAGCUGGGCUUCUGAGGAAAUCGAAGAGACCCGGGGCAAGCUGUCAGGGCCCGAGAGAGGAAGCCUGGAGGACAGUGAGCAGGCACGGCCCGAGGAGCAGCCGGGGAAUAAUGGCUGCACAGACCUUAAAGAAGGAAUAGAAAAUGAUACCACAAAAGAAGCUCGACCUAUAUCGCUGCCUUCCCCACAAAAGCGAACCAAGUAUGAGCUCAAGGAUGCUGUAAAACCUCCCAGUCUCCCACACUUCCGUUCCUCACUUCCACCACCGCAGGACUCGUACUACUACCGUUCUCCAGUGGAUAGCCGGGCUUUGGCCAUCAGCUCUCCUGAGUCACCACCAAGCACCCAACGUCGACAUGGCCGCUAUAAGAAGUCCAAGGCUCAGCUGGCAGUCCUACGGAGCAGCUUCCUGCGGGAGAACUGGCCUGCCGAGGCGGAGCUCCGGCGACUACAGGAGGAGACAGGACUGAGUCGCAAUGAUAUUCGCAAAUGGUUCAGUGACAGCCGGUACCAACUGAGGAAUGGUCGAGGAGCACCUGGUGUGGCGCAAGUUUUCACACCCAGUCAAGGAGCAGAAGAGCAUCCACAACAACUUCAUCCUCUCCCUCUGGUGGCACACGGUCCCCGUAACCAGCAGUCUGGUCCACGGGGAGGGUCACGUGGAAGGGGAGCCCGCAACAGUAGGGUACGGGACACUCGUUUUUUCCAGAAUUUCUUAUCUACCAGCCUUGAAGCAGUAGGGGAGUCAAGGAUGGCUCUAGGCAUGGAGGCAGAUGAAAAGGAAGUAUUGUCCAUGGAGGACACUGUGGAAAGUUUAAAGGAAGAAGAGGAGAGUAAAGAAGAGCAGCCUCUUCAGUUGAUCACUGAUCGCAAAGGAAAUGAGACCAAUCAGCCUUUGGCUGCCCCUUCAUCUCCCUCCCCUUCUCCGGCCACCACUGCAUCAUCAUCCCCAGCUACUGCUGCCCUCCCUCACAAACGCUCAACUGCUGGCAUCUCUUCACACAAGUCUACACGCUCCGUCAAAUCCAGUCCUUCACUUGUUGCUCCUUCCCCUUCCGGCCAUCUUCCCUCACCUACGUCUUCGUCUUCUCCAGUCCUGACUGCUGCUGGCCGCCCAAGAAAGACCAAGCAGCAACUGGACGUGCUGAAGCAACAUUUCCUGCGUUGCCAGUGGCCCAAGAGUGAAGACUACACAAAACUGGUGGAGCUGACAGGUCUGCCCCGUGCAGAUGUCAUUCAGUGGUUUGGGGAUACACGUUAUGCAGUGAAAAAUGGCCAACUGCGCUGGGUGAGGGGUGUGCGUGACCAGUUCAUGGCAGAACUUGCCCUUCAGCAAAACGGGGGAGGCACUCAUAGUGCACCCAGGGGAGGUGGCCGCAAACGCAAGUUAGAGGAGAAUGGUAGUACAGUGUCAGUACCUGGAGGUAGUGUGGUGGACCCUCAUGAGGUAGGUGUUGCAGGGAACUCAGGGAUGGACUUUCGCCCCCUGGAAUUAUAUCGGCACCACACAGGCGCAUUGCAGGAGAAAGACCUAGAUGCCCUCUGCAGAAAAUCACGGAUGAGCUACCAGCAGGUACGGGACUGGUUUGCAUGUCAGGAGAGUGGAAUGUCUGACAGCGAGGUCAAUGUCACUGAUUGAGUGAGCAGUAAUACUAAAUUUAGAAUUUUUUUUUUUUUGGUUUCUUUUUUGUACAUAUCUUUAAAUGUCUCUUGACAGAUGCUCAAACCCAGCAGAGUUAAUUUGCCUGCCUCAUAUUACAUGGAGGCAUUCCUUCAGAACUGAGUAUGUUUUUGUUAGUGUGUAUGAUGUGUUGAAGUAGCCUCAGUGGGGCUUGGAUGCUCCCAGUCUUGUGGAAACUCCUGGUCUUCCCAGCCUCAGAUCUGUGACUAGCACUGAAUUUUUCAUUAAGUCCGCUCUUUCUCUCCAGAAAACCAGGUUGGGGGAGUAUCUGGUGCCUGAUGGGGAUCAAAGGCGGUCUAGGCACAAUGGUUUAAUGAAUGUUUAUUCCCCCCCCCCCCUUUUUAAAAAAACAUUUUAUUUGUGUAUUUUAGUGUUCUAAAUUUCAAGAAGCCCAUUGCAUUAGUAUGGCAUUAACUUAAAUGUAGGGCUUUUGACAUUUCGUCUUCUAGGUACUGUAGCGUAGGCCUUAUAUAUGGUGAAUGUGAAGCAGAAAGUCUUAUUCCUCGGCUGGUCAAGACCUCACGAAAUGAGAAAUUGGCUGAUGGACACUAAGUUCACUAACACCUCACAAGCAACUGGAUGUAUCUGUAGCUUGUAGUUUAGACUGUCACACUUGAAUUUGGAGCCCAAUAAUUUAGAUGUGACAUUCAAGAAGUUAUUUUGUAAGCUUGAUUUUCUUUAAGAUUUAUUUUGCAAAGUCUCAGGCUUCGUGGAGUUCAGUAAUUCUGCACUCCAGUCUAUUACCAGGAUAUUCUACAAAUAAAAAUACAUUCUUGAACCUUGCUGGUCCCGUGCAAAACACGAGUCGAUGUGGAUGUAACCGUACCAAUAAUGCACAUAUUUCCUGGAAUCAGGAUGAAUGUUAACAUGUCCAUAUCAGAGCAAUUUUGGGUGUUGUAUGUCUGGUCCACAAUUCUAUGUAACCUGGUGACCAGUCCGUUUACUAAAAUAUCAAACUCAAAAUGACAGGAAGAGUGGACAUGACAUUAGCAGUGACAGUCCAAUAGUUUGCUGCAUCAGAUUUGAAUGACAAUUGCCAGAAAUGGCUCUUAUUGUUCAAGUAGUACUAUUUAUAGUUAUAAUGCCCUUUAUACACCUAUUUAAUAUUUUGAUAUUGCAUGAACAGUGCAGUGCAGGUGAUAACUUUUGUAUUUAUACAUGUAGUUCUUUACCAAACUGUGUGCCAGCAAGGUAUCAAAUGCAUCCUACUGAGUUAAAAUUUUGCUUAAUUUAUUAUUUUGAACUACUUUUGUUUAAUGAGUAUUGUAUUGUAUAGAUGGCGGCAGCCUAUGCGUGAGUUCUUAGCUUUAUAGAUUUAUGUUACUAUUCUCAGCACCCUGCACCUAGAUGCAAGUCAGACCUGAAUAGCUGGAAUAUUGAAUAUUGUAUAAUCCUGCUGUAUGACUUUUCCGGUGGCUCCUGUUAAUGAUGGGGAAGAUCCUGCUGCCGUUAUGCCGUGAUCAGUGUUACACAUGUGAAGCACAUGCAGUUCAAUGACCCUGAAGUUUUACAGUAGAACUGUGGAUCCCUGCCCUUGAAGAUUUUCACCCACCAUACUGUACGACCAGCUAAGUGUAGUUCUGUAGUUGGGCCAGCCUCCCUUCCCCAUGAAGCGUUGUUGCAGAGAAUAAGGCACUCUCCUACCAUAGAAUCAAGUGUAUCAGUCCAAAACGAACAUUCUCCGAUUUGUAACGUUAUGAGAAUUAUGUUUUUGGAAUGUUUUUUGCAAGUGUUGUAGCAGGAACAUCAGAGGCUGUCGAAGUCUGUGUAAACCUCAGUACCGAGCAUGUUAAAAAAAAUGUAGUGAACUGGACUUUUGUACCCGUUUCUAAUAAACUGAACAGACUACACUUUCA